AUGAAGCUCUCAUUUGGCUUACCUCUGGCCCUACUCGCUGGUGCCAUAGCUUCGCCAUUGGCAAGCCUGGGAAACUCUACAUUCUAUAAUCCAGUCUUACCAGGAUGGCACUCUGACCCCUCGUGUAUCCAAGUCAAGGGGACAUUCUUCUGUGCGAUCUCCACAUUCAUUUCCUUUCCAGGAAUUCCCAUCUAUGCCUCAAAAGAUUUAAUCAACUGGAAACUCGUAAGCCAUGUGUGGAACCGGGAAAGCCAACUCCCGGGCGUCAGCGCAAGCACUGUUGGUCAACAAGACGGCAUGUAUGCGCCAACAAUACGCUACCGCAAUGGGGAAUUCUAUGUGAUCUGCGAGUAUCUCGGUUUACCAGAUGGCAUCAUCGGCGUCGUAUUCAAAACAAGGGAUCCGUUUAAUGAGAAAUCCUGGAGCGACCCAGUAACAUUCAAGCCCACAAAUAUCGAUCCAGAUCUGUUCUGGGACGAUGACGGCAAGGUAUAUUCUGCCACGCAUGGCAUUCUACUCCAAGAGCUCAACCUCGAGACUGGCGAGCUCAGCCAACCUCCGAUCAAUAUCUGGAAUGGCACUGGAGGCGUCUGGCCCGAAGGCCCGCAUAUUCACAAGAAAGAUGGCUGGUACUACUUAUUGAUUGCCGAAGGAGGGACUGAACGGGAUCAUUCCAUCACAAUUGCAAGAUCUCGCAAGAUUACCGGCCCUUAUGAGGCCAAUCCCAGUAACCCAAUUCUGACGAACCGUGGUACCGAUGAAUACUUCCAGACUGUUGGACAUGGUGAUCUGUUUCAAGAUACUAAUGGGAAGUGGUGGGGAAUGUGUCUCGCGACCCGCACUGGGCCAGAGUUUGAGGUGUUCCCCAUGGGCCGUGAAGCUGUGCUCUUCUCAGCAAGAUGGGAUAAGGGCGAGUGGCCAGUACUAGACCCAGUGCGAGGCGAAAUGAGUGGAUGGCCAUUGCCGCCAACUAGCCGUGACGUACCAGGAGACGGACCAUUCAACGCCGAUCCAGAUGUGUACGACUUCCCCCUGGGGAAAGCCAUACCACGAAACCUAGUGUACUGGCGUGUGCCACGAGCCAAUGCAAUCUCAGUGACAGCCAAGGGUCUGCAGAUUGUGCCUAGCCGAAACAACUUGACAGGAACGCCAGAGUCUUUGGUAACACCCGAGCUCACUGGCCAGAAGGGGUUGGCAUUUAUCGGCCGCCGUCAGACAGACACUCUGUUCACCUUCACUACUGAUGUAUCAUUCAGCCCUCGGGUGGUCGGACAGGAGGCAGGUGUCACACUAUUCCUUACGCAAUUCAACCAUAUUGACCUUGGAAUCGUGCUUCUCGCCCCAGACGCAUCAACCUCCAAGGGCAAUGCAAAGCCCCAGCUAUCACUCCGCUUCCGCACCAUUGGCACAAUCGAAUCUCCCGAACCAACCAUUAUCCCCGUGCCAGUAAGCUGGGGCUCCGGCCAAAUUCGACUGGAGAUCCAGACAGCAAAUGCCACCCACUAUAACGUCGCUGCUAUGCCAGCUGCAAACCCGAAUGCCAGAAUCAUACUUGGGACGGCAUCCGCGCGCCUUGUGAGUGGUGGAAGGGGAAGUUUUGUAGGGAGUCUGGUGGGUGCCUAUGCCACCUGCAAUGGAGCUGGAACUGGAUUGGACUGUUCGGCUGGUGGAAACGCGUACUUCAAGCGCUGGAGGUACACGGGUGCCGCGCAGUACAUCUCGGCGACCGAGAUUGUUCCAGAGCUAUGAGCUUAGAGCUAUCGGAG